GUGUGAUAUCUAUGCGUAUACCUCCACGGACUGGAACCACAUGUGUACGCUUUUUUAAAAAACCUUAAAAUAACAAUAAUUUUGUAAUAACUAUUUCCCCUAACAGUCGACAUGGAGCGUUAAAUUUCCCUAUUAUGAUAAUAGGUUUUUACGUGACAUUCUGAACGUAAGAAGAAUUGGCUACCAAGCAUUUUGUCUCCACAUUGCUGCCAUGAAACGCAAAUGGAAGCCGCGGGGCAGCGACAAAAAGAAGAAAAGCGCUGGUGUGUUGCAGAAAUACAUGGUGGCGGUAGGAGAUUUUGUCAAAAGCAAAAGCGGCGAAGGAGAAGCAGAAAAUGACGCCGGUUUCAGGUCAGUCAAACGGAAAAGUAGAAAGGAGAUGCGCAAAGAGAAACGAAAGCUGAAGAAAGCCAGGAUGAAAAGUCACUACCAAGGUAAACAGACUAAUAACCUGGCAAUUGGUGGUGAUACACAGACAGUAACCGCCCUUAAGCAGAAGAAUAAAAUGUCUAAAACAAAUGCAAAGCAACCGGAAAAUCAAAAAAUAGCACAAAAGAAAACCAGCAAGCUUCAAGAGCUGAAGAAAAAGAAGCUUUUGGAGGUGAACAAACAGGACGACAUCCAAAAAGUGCCCAAAACAAAUGAUAAAUCCAAAGUGGCCCCCAAUAAAACGAACAAGCUUCAAGAGUCAAGGAAGAAGGCGCUUUUGGAGGCAAAUGAACAGGAGGACCGAGAAAUUAAAAAACUAGAGCGCUACUUGAAAUUAAACAAAAGGAAAAACAAGAAAAGCCUGCCUCAAUCAUUUGUGGCUGAUGGGCUGGACUACAUCCUGGGUGCUCUCGAUGCGGACACUUUGGCCACAGGGAUGUAUGACAGUGAUGACAACAUGGACGUUGCCAAGGACAACUUUGAACAACUUAAUGAGGACAACUCGGAUCAGGAUGAAGAGGACUUGAUGAGUGAAGGAGAAGAUGUGAAUGAUGAGGGAGAAGAAGAAGGAGAGGAGGAUGCUGAUGUGGAGGAGGAUGCUGAUGAGGAGGAGGAUCCAAGUGAGGAAGAGGACGCAGUGGACGAGGAACUGGAGGACAAAACUGACAAUGACGAGGAAGCAGAAGAGGCUUCUGAAUCCAGUUCAAUCAAUGCUCCAUCGGCAACAGGCAAAUACGUGCCACCUCAAAUGCGUGACGCUGGAGGUGACCAACGCAAAGCUGAGCUGGAAAAACUGAAGAAGAAUGUGAAAGGACUCGUCAACAGGCUCAGUGAGCCCAACAUGUCGUCUAUAAGCAGCCAGCUUGAGGCGCUCUACAUGAGCCACAGCAGGAAAGACAUGAACGAGACUUUGACAGAGGUGCUGCUGGCAGCUUGCGUCACGCCAGCACUGAUGCCUGACCGCUUGUUGAUGGAACACAUCCUCCUGGUCAGCAUCCUUCAUCACGCUGUGGGCUUGGAGGUGGGAGCCCAUUUUCUGGAGACGGUCGUACGCCAAUUCGACGACACGUACAAGCAGCCGAGUGAAGGCAAAGAGUGCGACAACCUUGUCGCCAUCGUUGCACACCUAUACAACUUCCAAGUGGUGCACUCGCUACUCAUCUUUGACAUCCUACAGCGCCUCGUGGCGGCGUUCACCGAGAAGGAUAUCGAGCUAGUGCUGUUUGUACUUCGUAAUGUUGGCUUCUCAUUGAGGAAGGACGACGCCUUGGCGCUGAAGGAGCUCAUUACUGAAGCGCAGCGCAAGGCAGCUGAUGUUGGGAAGAAGUUUCAGGAUCAAACUAGAGUUCGUUUCAUGUUGGAAACAAUGCUGGCGUUGAAAAACAACGACAUGCGCAAGAUUCCAGGCUAUGAUCCCGAGCCUGUGGAGAAGUUGAAAAAGCUGCAGAGGACUCUGAUCCAACGCAGCACGGCAGGCAGCGACAUGAAACUGCGAGUGUCUCUGGAAAACUUGCUGUCGGCCGACCAGGUGGGGCGCUGGUGGAUCGUGGGUUCAUCGUGGAGUGGAGCGCCUAUGAUCAGCAACCAAGAGAGCAAAGGUGUUGGUGAAGGACAGUUUCAAUUUACCACCAAAGUCCUGGAACUGGCCCGAAAGCAGCGGAUGAACACGGAGGUCCGUAGGAACAUCUUCUGUGUAAUCAUGACCAGCGAGGACUACAUUGAUGCGUUUGACAAGCUGCUGAGGAUGGGGUUGAAAGACAAGCAGGAGCGGGAGAUUGUCCACGUGUUGAUGGACUGCUGCCUGCAGGAGAAAACCUUCAACAGCUUCUACGCCGUGCUGGGAGAGAAGUUCUGCGCUCAUGAUCGCCGCUUCCAGAUGACCUUCCAGUUCACCCUGUGGGAUAAAUUCCGUGAGCUUUCCAACCUUCCCGCCAGGUCUUUUAACAAUGUGUGCCAGCUGGUGACACGAUUCCUUCAGAACAAGUGUCUCUCAUUGUCACUACUCAAAGCAAUAGAGUUCGGCGAGCUUGACAAGCCCACAGUGCGUUUCCUGCGUCAAGUCCUCACUCGGCUGCUCACAGACACGGAGCCUGAAGAUCUCGUCAGCAUAUUUGCAAGGAUUUCUGGAAUUCCCCAGUUGGCAAUGCUGCGCGAGGGCCUGAAGCUUUUCAUCAGCCAUUUCUUGCUGAAAAACGCCGGGCCGCAGGACGACGUGCUGAAGGAGCGCGCCUGUAUUGCAACCAAGGCGAUGGACUCCAAAGAAGCUAGAGUCAAACUGUAACUGCAAAAAUAAAGGUGCAGCAACACUUUUUAUGGAGGGAAAUCAAGAAUUAUGAUUACAGUCAUCCAUUCACAAUAUAUUUUUUUACAACACUUGUCGCCAAUGUAUAAUAUUAAAAAAAAUACACAUUUAUAUGUGGUUUGAUUCACUCCAUUGUAGAGCCGCAAUGCUUUCAAGUGAGGUGUGAACAAGCAACCAGGUGUAUACAGUGGGAUCAAUGGGCUCACUGUGUGCGCUCCACACACUGACCUUUGUGUGCCACUUUUUAGCCAGCAGCCUUUACCUGCCCCGCUCGGGCCCAGCCGGGUCUGACCCCGGCCUGAACUCUUGAUCCAUAGCCGCCAAAACAAACAUGGUGAGAAGAUAAGCGGCGGGUCCUCCACUUAACAGCCUCUGACAAAAUGACUGGAUUUACUGCAAUAACAGUAGUGUGAAGGCCAAGGUCUUUACAUUACUUGUGACGUCUUAUCAAAAUAAUCACAAAUGUAUUAAUGAAACCGUGAUUAUAUACAGUUUUGAAUAGCAGCAGGUGUUAACACAAAAAUGGAAGACUCAUCGAAAGCCUACUAAAACAACUGCUUUCUAUCAGGUCAGUCAAAAAAUUUAAAUCGCGUGUACGUACGUACAUGUAACAUUCAAACGUGACAAAACAUUUUGGAAAUUCUCCAAAAUACAUAUUGUACAUCACUUUUUAAAUUCUAAUAUACAUUUAUUGUUAUUAUUAUAAAAUAAAUAUUCAUGAAUAAGUAUAUUAACAUGAACAUUCAAAAUUUUAAAAGUGGAAAUUUCAGAAAUUACAUGUUUUUGUGACGUGUGUAUUUUCAACUAAAUUCAUUUUAAAAUAUAUGGCGGAAAAGACUCAGGUGACUAUAAGUUCCACUCAGAGACCCCCAAUUUGGCCAAAUUUCUAAAUUGUCAUAUAUGCAUUUGUGACAUAACGUUGGGAAGUUUAAAAUAUCAAUUUUUGGGGGGAAUAAAAAUUUUGAACAGGAGGGCAUAAUUAAAAAAAGAAUUAAACCCCUAAACCAGGGAUCCCCAAACUACGGCCCGCCUCCGCAUUUGGUCCGGCCCCCUGAACAAUUUUUUUUUUUUUCAAGUGUUUUUUAUUUCCUGGCUUUUUUUCUGUGAAGAACCCAGAGAAGGUUAUUUGUUGUGUUAUUAUUGUUAAUUAUUAUUUUAUAUUAUAUUAUAUUUUUAUUAUUAUUUAUUUUAUUUACUUUUGUUCCGUGAAAUAUCCAGAAAGGGUUAUUUGAUUGUGGCUUUCUGAAAAACAAUAAAUUUUUACAUUCAGGCACUCCUGCAUUCGUCACACUUUUUCUGUUACAAACUGACCCCGGCCCCUCAUCAGAGAAGGGAAAAGUUAUGUGGCCCUCACAGGAAAAAGUUAGGGUUUAGGGCAGGGGUCCCCAAACUCGAGGUCAGAGCAUGAGAGAGCAUAAUUAAAGACACCAUGAUUUUAGCGAGAUAUUAUUGCUACCUUACCUUGUUUCGAUCCAAAAACUCCGUGUAGCAUGUCUCACAGUGUUAAGACACAGCUGUGAAUGGCCACAGCCGGACUUUUGGGGGAUUUUAUGGGUGAAACACAGUAAUAUAACAAGGGUCGCAAUGCAGAAAUCGCAGACAUCAAGGAGUGGUCGAGAUUUUCUUUUUCAAAUAUUUACCCUUUUAAACAUUUUUUUUUUAAAUUUUUCUUUGUUUGGCUCGAUUAUUACCUAAAAUAUAGGGGAAAAAUUGACAGUAACAAAAAAAAUACAAUUAAGCAAUAGUUAUGAGGUAGAUAUCUGUGACCUAUUUUACAGGCAGUAUUUCAUUUCAUUGUGAUGGAAUAUAAAAGUUUAAAAUAUGCGUGUAAAUAAUUUUUUUUAAAACUAAAUAUUAGACAUCAAUUAAUGAUUCUAAGCUAAAAAACUGUGAACAUUUCAAUUUUCGAAUAAUAAAUAUAACUACUUACCUUCUUUUUAUGGCUGCGUUGAAACAAAAGCGGUUGCGCGGCGUUUGUAA